AUGCCGGUCUUUCAAAACCCUCCAACACCACCUUCGCCCCUCACACCACCAUUAUCCUCUCCCUCGUGGGAGAAGGCGAAGCAAGAUGUGGUCAAGUGCAUGACAUCUUCAUCGCCGUCACUUUCAAUUUCGCUCAGUGCCCAAAAACCAUCUGGAAGCAUAGGCCUCAUCACGCCACCUGAGACUCCAGUGAGGAAACAAGAUGCUGCAAGCACAACAAUCGAAACGGUGAUCGAUUGCCCUAUUUCCAGGGCGAGUUUUCUGCUUGCUCAAGCCUCUCUGGCAACGGAGCUGUUCGGAAGCUCAUCAACGACCGAAUUCAAGUUCCGGGACCCGGGGUCACUGCGAGCGGGGACGGGAACGCGAACACUCCGAUUCGGCACGGGCCUUGAUGGAUGUUUCAAUCGCACCAGGGGCUUCCUGGGAGGUCAGGAACCUCAUCAGAAUCACGACACCACCCGUAGUGAUGCCCCGGCACUCUCAGGCCAACGCCUACCAGCGUCCCUGGAGGCAUGGGAGGUGGUUCAUGGAAGUCUGCCGCGGUUACUCCGAGCGCGACGAGUGCGUCAAGCCGUCGACGCCUUGGGCGAGCGCGCGGCAGGAGAGAGACACGCGUGGGAUAACUUGGAACAGCGCCAUCUAGCGCGAGCAGCGCUGGUGCUGAGCGCGCUGGCUCACGCGUACAUGUUUGGCGAGGAGCAAGGCAAGGGCAAGGAGAACCCUAGACGGCCGCAGCUACCGCGCCAUGUCCUCGAUACGUGGGAGAGGGUUUGCACGAAGUUGGGCAGAACUUUGACUGGGCGGGUGCCCGCCGACGACGUUCUCAACAACGCCGUGGGCAAUGACACGUUCAGCCUGAACAGUACCUACUUUGGCCUUCCGGAGGAAAGGCUCUCCUCGGGACUCCAGGGCACGAUGGAGGCCGUUUUUGCGCCCGCGCUCUCGGCCAUGGCGCUCGCGCAGAGCGGCGUGCUGGCCGACCAGCCCGACCAGGUCGCGCAUUGUCUGGAAAGUCUGGCGGCGCGCAUCGUAAAGUGCGCCCACGUGUUGGAGGCCAUAACGCCGCGCGACACGGCGCACUUUGACCCCGUCGUCUGGAUCAAGACGUAUCCCGCCAUGGGCCGCGCGGUGACGUCGGGCGAGCUGGGAAACAGCGGUGUCGAUGCACCGCUGUUCCAUGCGCUGGACGCAUUCAUCGGCCGACAAGACGUCAAAGGCGACUUGAAGGGGAUGCAGAGCGACCGACGGGCCACGCUGCCGGCCAACAUUCUCGCCUUCCUGGAUGCCCUUGGUGACGGGGCCGGGAGUGUCAGGGACUAUGUCGCUGCUGCCCGUGCUCGGCAACAGCAUCUGCCCACUGAAGAGCAGUCGCAAUACCAGCAUCUCUCGGCGGCGUGGGACGGGCUUUUACAAAUGUACGUCUGGUUUCUCGAGCGGCACCGUGUCAAGGCCGUUGGUGUUACGGGCGUAACCCUCAACACGGGAUUACACUCGACAAGUAGCGGCGUCAUGAGCGGCGACCAGAAAAAAGCAGCGGCACCAGGGAAACCAAAGAUGAGCCCCGAUGCCAUGCUCAGCAUGCAAAUGAAGAAGGGUAUGGCGUCACGGCUGGGUGGGCGGCCGCUAUGGCAGGACGCGCAAGUGCAGUCGCAGAGAGUGUACCAGGACAGCGUGGUGGUGGCCGUAAAGUUGGAUGCGAAUUUGCCGCUUGAGCCGGGCGAUCGAGUGCAAGUCUGGCCGCCGAGAAAGAGGAAGAAGCUCAACAGAACACUUUCGUACCAGCGACGGUCGCGGGCCUCCUCCCCCCCAGAUGAUCACGAUGCGUCGCCAAGCAAGAAUGACGAUGAUGCUGAGCCGAGAUUCUACUCCGUCGCCAGUGCCACGCCAGAAGCGGCUGAUGGGGUGACAGACUCAGGGGGGGGAGGAGGAGGAGGAGGAAGAGGAGGUAUGACCAUCACUCUGACUGUCGGCCAACACUCGCCUGAGGGACUGGUUUCCUCGUUCCUUAGCAGCGCCGCUCAAGGCACACAUCUGCGUCUUCGUCCCUGGCCUGCUCCGCGUUUCCGCCAGCCACGCGACCUUGCCGUGCCGCUGGUUCUGGUUGGUCAGGGCAGCGGCGUUGGCCCCUUGGUCGGCUUUCUGCAAGAGCGGGCGGAAUGGCUACAACGGCUCGAUGAUGACCAAGACGAGAUUGGUGAGGUAGGCGAUCUGCUGCUCGUGGUCGCUGCCAGAACACGCCGCCAUGUCCCCUGUCCACUCGACAGCCUGGAGCAACUGACCAGGGCCUUGCCAUUGGCCAUAGUCUUGGCUCUCAGCCAGGACGCACACUUCAUGAUCCGCGAUGGAACCUGGACUCAGCUCCCCCGGGGAGAAGGGCAUGUCACCCGCCAUUUGGUAGAGUACCGAGAUUUUGUCCAGCGGCUGGUCAAAGAAAAGGGCGGCCACGUCUAUGUCUGCGGCAGCUCCGACUUUGGGGAUACAGUAAUGAGCAAUCUUGGGCUGGGCCGUCCGCAACACCAGCAGCAGCAAGAACGACAACAAGCAAAAGGUGCAAAUGAAGAGUGCUACGAUGACAACCGCACACAAAUGCCCUCAUCUCCAGCGUAUUGGAACCAACUGCACGAAGAUCUCUCUACCACUGUGCAAAGACCUUCCAUCUCACGAUAUUCUCACUCUUCCUCUUCCUUGUCCCACUUGUCCUCACCCCCAGCAAGCCCCAAAACCCCCGUCAUCGGUGCCUCCAACCUCGCAACCCACAACUCCAUCACCUCGUGCUGGACCGCCAUCGACGGAACAGUCUACGACAUGACGCCUUUCCUAGCCACCCACCCGGGAGGACCGAAAACGCUCCUUGAGUCUGCAGGCACCAUUGCCGACGCGCGCUUUGCCGAAACGCACGGUGGGCCGCACGCCCAGGAGAUCAGGGCCUAUCUCCAGCACUAUGCCGUCGGGCGUCUGUCCACAGCUACCACAGACACUCGGACGCAGAUGACCACGGCAAAACUUAUCGAUGUCCUCGUCAGGAUGCAAAAUGCGCUCACCAAUAAUAGCGCGUUUGACGCAAAUCGUGGGUCGGUGCCAAUGUACGUGUACGAGGAUGCCUUGCCCGUGUUCGCCGAUGGCCUAGACGACGUGGUAGGCACCUUGCCAGACAUUGCCACCGACAAUCACUCCUUGGAGCUGAGAGAAGCCAUAACAAACACGCAGGUGCUGUUGAGAAAGGCUUUCACAGCUCUGAAAGAUGGGUGUAAGCAGCACUUGAUAGGCACUGGACCUGGCCCCAAGGAUUCCAGCACCCCCACCUCAACAUUGCUUGAAAUGAGCGAGGUUUUGAUCCAGAGCUUUUACAAGGAGCCCACCAGAAAGGUGCAUGCGGCUAUCAAUGCUUGUAAGAAGGGUAUCAGCGAGAUUGAGUCAGUGGCAGAGGCGGACAGCGGUGACGGCAUCUGUGAUUCUUUUGAAGACGCAUGUGCUGAGGUACUAAAGCGUGUCUUGGAGAAGUUUUGCACGAGUCUAACAAGCGUUGCCGACGACUUGCUCUAUGUUAUGGCGGUGGCUGCGGAUCACGGUGGAGUCGCGGAGUUUCCGCAGCGCGGCAUUAACGAACGGAAAGUAUUCGAAGAACGUAACCUGCCAAGCCACACAUAG